AUGACCGGAUUUGUUCUGGGAAAUUUGGCCAAUGGCUUCAUAGUGCUGGUGAACUGCAUUGACUGGGUCAAAAGACAGAAGUUCUCCUGGACGGACGGAAUCCUAACUGGUUUGGCGGUCUCCAGAAUUGGUUUGCUUUGGGUAAUAUUAUUUUAUUCUUAUGCAUCUGUGUAUAAUUCAGUUCUACUAAUCUUAGGAAUAAGAACUAUUGUUAAUAUUAUGUGGAUAGUAAGCAACCAUUUUAAUAACUGGCUUGUUACAAUGCUCAGCAUAUUAUAUUUGCUCAAGAUAGCCAACUUCUCUAGUCAUAUUUUUCUUUAUUUAAAGUGGAGAGUUAAAAGUGUACUUCUCACCAUAAUGUUAGGGAGUUUGCUCUUUCUGGUGACUCACUUUGCAAUGGAAAGCGUGUGUGAGAAUAUGCUGACAAACACGUCUGAGGGAAACAUGACUUGGAAGAUCAAAUUCAGAGCCGUCAUCUGCCUGUCAAGUACGACUGUUUUCACUUUAGUCAUUGCCAUACCCUUUACCAUGUCCCUGAUAUCUUUUCUGUUACUAAUUUUCUCCCUGUGGAGACAUCUCAAGAGGAUGCAGCUUAGAGGUGAAGGGUCCCAAGACCUCAGCACCAAGAUCCACCUCAGAGCUUUGCAAACCAUCAUCUCAUUUCUCUUGAUGUUUGCUCUUUUCUUCAUGGCUCUCAUCAUCUCUGUUUGGAGCCCUAGUCACGUCCAGAGCAAACCCAUCCAUCUGUUAUGCCUGGCUGCAGGAACUCUGAAUCUUUUGAUCCACUCACUUAUCUUGAUUUGGGGAAACCAGAAGCCAAAGCAGGCCUGUGUGUCAUUCCUGAGGCAGCUGAGGUGCUGGCUGAAGAAAAGGAAAUAG